AUGAAGUCAAGCGCACGGAAGAUUGAGAUUGGCAGAUUGGCUGUGACAACCACCAUCUAUCUAUCUGUCCAUAGGCAGGAGCUGGAUAAAUACGAAAUAAGGCGCGCAAACUCGAAGUCAUCCGCGCCGAUAUCAGCCACGAUGCUCGGUACGAUGACGACCCCCACGACGUAUCGCGUCUCCCGCGGCCACACCUGCGCCACACGAAGCGCCGGAGGAAGAACGACCACGACCGCGCCAAGAAACGCAUCCCGUAACCAUUUUCGCCGUUCGGUGAAGACCGGCGCAUCCACCGGGCUGUACGACGACGAGACGUUCGCGGCGUCGGUGCUCGGCAAGUACCCGCAGUCGCACGAGCCCGCGGACACCGAGGAGGCGCGCGUUGAUUUCGAGGGCAAGGUACCCGAUCCCCCUCGGCCGGGCUCGUCCGUCGGGGACAGGGUACUCGCGGUUCCCUUGGUCCACGCAUCGCGCGUCUACGACUCAGUCGCGGGUAAGAAGGUGUACAAGCAGGAGCCGUUCGACGCCGACUUGUUCGUCAACGCCGUCCUCGAACGAUGCGGCGGCGGCGCCGAUAUCGACGCCAACGGCGCCAAGCUCCUGGUGAUGGACGCCGACGGGGGGACGCGCGCCGCGCGAGCCGCGCGGUUACUCAACGAGCGCGGGUUCACGCACGUGGUCACGGUGAAGGGCGGGGCGGCCGCGUGGAAGGCCGCGUGGGAUAACCAGAUGCGUCGGCGGCAACUCCCGGGUUCCUUCAGUCGCGGAUUCGACAGCGCCAUGUUCGCGGAGUGUAACGUCACCGCCGAGACGUUCGGCGGGGCUGGCGACGACACCGCUUGGGUGCUCGAUUGA